AUGCGGCCACCAAAGAUGGUCAUCCCAAGAGAUUUACAGAUUUUCGAGUUCAGUUUUCUGACUUCUGAUGAUAGUGAGGAAAUCAUUAAGUUUCUGGACGAACAUUUGCUACCGCGCUGUCCAUCGAGCAAAGCCACUGGAGAGACCUCUACGAAUUUAUUAGGGGAGAUAUACAUGAGAGAUGUUCAGAGUUGUUUAGCAUCUGGACUGUCUCUUGCUGCCCGGCACACCACCUCGAAAAUUAUCGUGGGAGUCUCACUCAAUGAAAUCUUCUCCUUAGAAGAAACACAUAAAGCUACUACAAUGGAAAACGCGAGCAAGAUGAACCAGAUUAUAGGAAAACUCUAUGAUAAUAUUACCCAUUUUGAAGGUGUUGACGCCCAGGGUAUGCUGCACUUGUAUAUUCUCUGUACCCAUCAGGACUACGCUAAUCAUGGUCUUGGGUCCUGCCUGUUCCAGAAAACUCUUGAACUCGGGAAAGAGCGAGGCUUCCAAGCAAUGAACGUGGAGGCUGCCAACAGCCUCACAGCAAGGAUCGGCGAUCGCUUUGAGUUUGAAACACUGGCGAUGGUUGACUUGACCACCUUGGAGGAGGAGUUUGGUAUUAAUACCUCCAUCAUCCCAGAGGAACUUCAGACAACCCUGGGUGCUGAGACUACUAUCCCUGCGAUGGCGACUUGUUCAAGUAGUCGUUCCUUCCAGAGGAAGCUUUGUGAAGGAUGUUACUUGUAUUGAGUUAUGACAUCUCUUGCUGAUGUCACAAGCCAUUGCAGAAAGACGUUUCUGUGGCUGGUGUACUCACUUGAGUGUUGUUGUUGCUCCUUGUGUUCCAGAUGGUGAUACUAUCCUAGCUGACAGUAAUCCUUGCAAUGUAACAAGUUGUUUCUUGAGUAAUCUUCACAUGUUGUUAAUGUUUAUACGAGCAGUCUCUUUAUAGCUGAUACCUCGUGUCACUGUGAGUGACUCAGAAUGAAUACCAGUAUUGUCAACCGUAUUCAUUUCUUUUCCUCUGCGCUUGCAGUGAGAGAUAGUAGAUCCGUUCUCCCUUGCUCAUAUUGUGUGUUAUAGUGUGUUAUAGCGUUACUUUUUU